AUGAUGCUGAGGACUAGACAGUGUGUGAAGAUGUUUGAGGAGAAAGUCAUCGUCGGUGUGGCUUCGGCCUGCUCCAUUCUUGCGAUCGUCGCCUGCUUGAUCGUCGUACCAUCGCUAUACAACACCAUCAACGAAGUACAUGAUGAGGUCCUCGAUGGAGUCUCUGUGUUCCGUGUUGAAACUGAUUCUGCCUGGACUGAGAUGAUGGACAUCCAAAUAACCGUCACCCCACCAUCAAAGCCUCGCACAAAUCCCUUCAACUCAAUCUUCCGUCAGAAGAGACAGGACUUCUCCGGACUGCCAGCCUGGUGCCAAUGCGAGCCCGUCAAGCCAACUUGCCCACCUGGACCUCCUGGACCACCUGGAGAGCCUGGACAGCCCGGAACACCCGGACCUCCAGGACCUCCUGGUGAGGAUGUCACCUCUACCUAUGCACCAAUCACCUGCCCACCAAUGGAUACCUCUUGCAUCAAGUGCCCAGCUGGACCAGCUGGACCACCCGGACCCGAUGGACCAGCCGGAAAUCCCGGACCCGACGGUCAACCCGGAGCACCCGGAUCGCCUGGCAAAGACGGACAACCCGGACCAGCCGGCCCUGCUGGAGAUGCUGGUGCUCCAGGAGCCCCAGGAAAGGAUGGAGAGCCCGGAGCUCCCGGACAAGACGGUACUCACGGACGUGGUCAACCUGGACCACCUGGACCAGCUGGAGCCCCAGGAGCCCCUGGAAACCCAGGACGUGACGGUCAGCCAGGACAGGCCGGUGCUCCCGGUCCACAAGGACCCGCUGGAGAAGCUGGAGCCCCUGGAGCUCCAGGAAACGAUGGACAGCCUGGUGCACCUGGAGGACCCGGUCUUCCAGGAAGCGAUGCCGCUUACUGCCCAUGCCCACCUCGCUCAGCUGUGUUCAUGUUUGAGGAGAAGGUCAUCGUCGGUGUGGCUUCAGCCUGUUCCACUCUUGCGAUCGUCGCCUGCUUGAUCGUCGUACCAUCACUCUACAACACCAUCAACGAGGUACAUGAUGAGGUCCUUGAAGGUGUCGCCGUAUUCCGUGUCGAAACUGAUUCCGCCUGGACUGAGAUGAUGGACGUUCAAGUCACCGUCACCCCACCAUCAAAGCCCCGCACAAACCCCUUCAACUCAAUCUUCCGUCAGAAGAGACAGGACUUCUCUGGACUGCCAGCCUGGUGCCAGUGUGAGCCCGUCAAGCCAACUUGCCCACCUGGACCUCCAGGACCACCUGGACAGCCUGGACAGCCCGGAACACCUGGACCUCCAGGACCUCCCGGUGAGGACGUCACCUCUACCUAUGCACCAAUCACUUGCCCACCACUGGAUACAUCCUGCAUCAAGUGCCCAGCUGGACCAGCUGGACCACCCGGACCCGAUGGACCAUCCGGAAAUCCCGGACCCGACGGUCAACCCGGAGCACCAGGAGCACCUGGCCAAAAUGGACAGCCUGGACCAGCUGGACCACCCGGAGAUGCUGGAGCCCCCGGAGCCCCAGGAAGCGAUGGACAGCCCGGAGCUCCUGGACAAGAUGGUACUCAAGGACGUGGACAGCCCGGAGCACCUGGACCAGCUGGAGCCCCAGGAGCCCCCGGAAACCCAGGACGUGACGGUCAGCCAGGACAGCCUGGUGCCCCUGGACAACAAGGACCCCCUGGUCAAGCUGGAAUGCCCGGAGCCCCAGGAAACGAUGGACGCCCUGGUGCCCCCGGAGGACCCGGACUUCCAGGAAGCGAUGCCGCUUACUGCCCAUGCCCACCUCGCUCAGCUGUAUUCGUGUCUCGAUUCACUCACUAA